GCUAACUCCAACCCUCACUGCACUGGCUGCCAUGGGGCUGAGGCUGCUGCUCCCUGUGCUGCUGCUCUGGACUCAGAGGACCCAGGGGUCUGAGCUGGACCCUAAAGGGCGGCAUGUCUGUGUGGCCAAGAGCCCCUCUGCUGAGCUCCAGUGCUGCCCGGGCUGGACGCAGAAAGAUCGAGAAUGUACCAUUCCCAUCUGUGAGGGGCCCGAUGCCUGCCGGGAAGAUGAGGUGUGUGUGAAACCAGGCCUCUGUCGUUGCAAACCUGGAUUCUUCGGAGCCCAGUGCAACUCCCGCUGCCCGGGCCAGUACUGGGGCCCCGACUGCCGGGAGAGCUGCGCCUGCCACCCCCAUGGCCAGUGUGAGCCCGACACUGGCGUGUGCCACUGCCAAGACGACCGCUGGGGCAGCCGCUGCGAGUUCAAGUGCACUUGCAGUCCCCAUGGGCGUUGCGAUCCGAAGACCGGCAAGUGCCACUGUGAGCCCGGUUGGUGGUCAACCACGUGCCACCACUCGUGCCAAUGCAACCCGGUGGCGGCGCGCUGUGAUCAAGCCACGGGCAACUGCCUGUGCAAGGCGGGCUGGUGGGGCCGCCGCUGCAGCUUCUCCUGCAAUUGCCAUGGCUCCCCGUGCCUGCAGGAGUCGGGCCGCUGUGCCUGCCAGCCGGGCUGGUGGGGCACCCAGUGCCAGCAGCGGUGCAAGUGCGUGCGCGGUCACUGCAGCGCGACCUCGGGCCAGUGCGCCUGCCCGCCUGGCUUCCGCGGUGCGCGCUGCGAGCUGCCCUGCCCCGCCGGCCGCUACGGGGCGCAGUGCAGCCACAGAUGUGGCCACUGCAAGCAGAAUGAGCCGUGCUCUGCGGACACAGGCAGCUGUGAGUCUUGUGAGCCAGGCUGGAACGGGACCGAGUGCCAGCAGCCCUGCCCACCUGGCACCUACGGCGAGAGCUGCGGGCAGCAGUGCCCCCACUGCCAGCGUGGGGAGGCCUGUCAGCCAGACACGGGGCACUGUCAGAGCUGUGACCCUGGCUGGCUGGGGCCCAGGUGUGAAGACCCCUGCCCAAGUGGCACCUUUGGGGAAGGCUGUGGCUCAACCUGCCCCACCUGUGUUCAGGGGACUUGUGAUGCUGUGACUGGGGAAUGUGUCUGCAACGCUGGCUACUGGGGACCCAGCUGCAACACCUCAUGCCCAUCUGGCUUCCAUGGAAACAACUGCUCUGUUCCCUGUGAAUGCCCAGAGGGACCCUGCCACCCUGUCUCUGGGGACUGCCAGCUGGGGUCUCACAGUCAGGAUGCUGCCCUCAUUGCUGGCAUCCUUGUGCCUCUGCUGCUGCUCCUCUUGGGCAUUGCCUGCUGUGUCUGCUGCUGUUGGGCCUCCCGGCUGGACCCCAAGGACAGGCCCAUGAGAGAUGGAGCGGCUGUGUCCAGGAUGAAGCUCCAGGUCUGGGAGGCACUGACCAGCCUGGGCUCCGCACUACCCUGCAGUUCCCUCAGCAGCUACAAGCUUCCCUGGGUGACAGUCUCCCACCACGACCCGGAGAUCCCCUUCAACCACAGCUUCAUUGAGCCACCCUCUGCUGGCUGGGCCUCGGACGACUCUUUCUCUUCUGAUUCCGAGUCUGGAGAGGAGGACGAGGGUUCUACCUACUGUGUGCCGUCCCAAGAAGGGAGGGUCCCUGUGGCCCAAGUGGAGUUGCCAGAGGCCAGCCUGGUUGGAGGUCCCUUCCCUUCCCCUGAGGAUGCCUCCACACCAUUCGCCAUCCCACGCACUUCCAGCCUAGCACGGGCCAAGCGACCAUCGGUCUCCUUUGCUGAAGGCACCAAGUUUGCACCGCAGAGUUGCCAAAGCUCAGGGGAGCUGUCCAGCCCACCCCGAAAGCCCAAACGACUUUCCCGAGGGGCCCAGCCAGGUCCUGAAAGCCAGGAGGCUGAGGAGUCCACAGGCCCUGAGCAAGAAAAGGACAUGGCUCCUCCUGGGGCACCCAGCCCCAGGGAUUCAGCCAUUGGCCAUCGCCAGCUCCCCCCUGGAGGCCAGACAGUGGCUGAGCGUGUGGAAGCCAUUGAAGCCAGUGUUCAGGAGAGCUCAGGCUCUGUUAUCACAAUCUACAUGCUGGCAGGGACACCCCGGAAACCUGAGGGUUCAGUCCAGUCUGUACUCCGCCGUUUUAGUAAGUUCCAGAAAGGCCAGGCAGAGCACAAGGUCAAGAGUGCCAUCCCCAAACCUCCACGUCAGUCACUGAGUCGGAACAAGGGCAACCCCCAGCUGGCCUCUGGCUCUUCCAGGCAGAGCCCUGGCUCAGCCCCGAGUGAGGAGCUCACUGGGGCCUUGCAGACGGCAGGGACUGGGCCAGAGGAAGUGGCCAGGGGGAUGAGGGAUGGCACCAAGAGCUCAGGGAGGGUCCAGGAGCUGGCCCCCAGUGGCCCCCCAGAACAGGAUCCCCAGAAGCUGGCUGAUGAGGAAUGGCUGGAGGAGCCCCAGUAUGAGAAUUUUACACCCAUCUCUGGGCCACCACAGCCUUGAGGACCAUGAAUUGGGGUGUGGGAAGACUAUGGAUGGGGUUAGUCAUCACACUGCCCUUGCAUCACACUGUGUUUUGUGCAGGGCCAGGAAAGAUCUACCAGAAUCUCUGCCCUUCCAUGGGGAAUCGUCUGAGAUAGGGGCCAGAUGGCUUUGGGCCCUGGCAGUGUUCCAGGGAUGGUCUGGAAGGCCUGGGCAGCGACCCCAUGGGAUGGGUUCAGGAAGGGGAAUGAGAUGGCUGUAGGGACUUUUUCUCUGUUGUCCUGGAUUCUGUUUACCCCAAAAGGCUAUUUUUUCUUUCAUUUGAAAAAAUUUGGUUUUUUUUGAAAUGGGAAACAACCUAAAUGUUUGAUGAUAA